AACCCUAAUUUUUCACUCUCAUUUUUUUUCUUUUUCCAGAUAUCAAUUUUAUGCAUUCAUAAUCUCAGAAAAAAAAAAUCACAGUAAAACAGAGCUUCUUGCACCAGAGGUCUGCUGUACUGUGUUGGUUGCUGACCUAUUUUUUUUGUUUCUAGAGUUUACAGAUGAUUAUGUCAGCUGAUUUCCCACGAAAAUCUGCGUCAUGUUUUGUUUUGUACAAUUCUUGAAACAAAUUUCGUGUUUGAAUGUGAUUUACCGUUGGUCCAAGUGUUUGAGCUGCUAAAGAUUCAAUCUUUAUUAAUUUAGUGAUUAGGGUUUAAGCAUUUCGCAAUUUUUUUAAGUUUGAUUAGUAUAUGAAUGGAGGAAAAGGAAGGGAUGAAUGGUUCCGGCGUCACAUUAAGAGCUGGUGAAGCCCCUCAAAUCGGCAGUGUGGAGCCGCCAAGAAUCGAAAAUUCCGGCAACAUUCUUGGAUCAGCCACUCCCAUAACUCCGGCUCCGGCGGCGGCGACGGUGGAUGGGAAGAAGAAGAGGGGGAGGCCAAGGAAGUACGCCGCAGAUGGCUCCAUCGUGGCAUUGUCGCCUAUGCCGAUAUCGGCCUCGAUUCCGCUCACCGGAGAUUAUCCGGGGUGGAAGCAGAGCGGAGGCCGGCCGGUUGACUCUUUCAAGAAGAAGCAUAAGCUGGAUUUUGCAAAUGCAGGGAAUACUAUGGCGAUCCCUGUCGGUGGAAGUUUUACUCCCCACAUGAUAACUGUUAACUCUGGCGAGGAUAUCAUGAUGAAGAUAAUAUCCUUUUCUCAACAAGUAUCCCGAGCAAUUUGCCUUCUGGCAGCCAAUGGUGCUAUCUCAAAUGUCACCUUACGUCAACCAAAUUCUUCCGGUGGUACUUUAACUUAUGAGGGUCGUUUCGAAAUCCUUUCUCUGACGGGAUCAUUUAUGCCUAGUGACAACGGAGUGACAAAGAGCAGAUCAGGUGGGUUGAGCGUCUCUCUGGCAGGCCCUGAUGGCCGCGUAAUGGGUGGAGGACUAGCCGGCAUGCUCGUUGCAGCUGGCCCUGUUCAGAUUGUGAUUGGCAGCUUUCUUCCCGGUGGAUCCCAAGCGCAGCCGGAGCAAAAGCCUAAGAAACCGAAAUACGAGCAAACAAUAUCAUUUGGGGCUGUCCCCGCUAACCCUAUCAUGUCUGAAGCCCCCUACGGCGGACCAAAGCCGAAUCUGACAACGUCAGUGUCCUUCCAGGGAGACAGCCUGGCUUCAACGAACUCUAUACACGGAUCCAAGAUUGCUGAACCUGGUACUAACGUUUCGUUCCACGGAGAUGAUUCCACAGAGCAGAGCCAUGACUUGACGUGCUGAUCGCGUAUGCGUUUUUGCUGUAUCUUAGGUUUUUUUUUAAUCUGGUGUAGAUGUUUUAGGCUCACCUGUUCUGACCCCCUGCUGCAAAGUGUGUUAAAAUUUUCAUAGGAACUUAGGAUUAGAAGGCUCUGUUGUAGGAUUGAUUUGCCUUUUUGUUGUUCUGUUGUGUGUAACUUUGAUGUAUUGUUUGUUGUUUAUUAAACUGGAAUCAUUACUUCUAGUUGAAGUUUCAAGACUUGAAUUGUGA